AUAUUGCAAACCGAUUAUUGUGCUCCAAUGUUCGAUUAUAAAUUUAUAUUAUUGAUUAUUGACGGUUGAAUGCAAGAGGGCUAUAUACACAAAAGGUUGAACCAAGUCAAUCUCCAUCUAUUGCUUGUGGAAAAUACAUCACCACCUAUUUUACCAUUUUGCCCUUUCUUCAUACCCUUUAUAUAGGUACAUGAUAGGAGACAUAUAUACACAUAUAUGAUGAAGAAGAAAACACUCAUCAUGAAACUACCCUCACACCUUCGAUUUUUGUUGAUUUUAGCUUCUUUACAUGUAAUUCAAUCACAAAUCAUUCAAGACUCAUGCACAACUUCAAGUAUUGAGAAUCUCAAUGCUCAAAUCUUGUUUGAUGUAUCUUCUCUUAGUUGCUCAAAUGUUUGGUCUUCUGAAGGCUUCAUUCUUAGAUACUCACAAGCUGGGCCAAGUUUAUGGAGCUUCGUUUUGUCUGCACCCAACACGAACUCGUACGUAGCGAUGGGGUUUUCGCCCAACGGCGGAAUGAUUGGCUCCAGCGCCGUCGUCGGUUGGGUGUCCGGCGACAGCUCCGCCACCAUGAGAAGGUAUUACCUCGGCGGAAAAACGCCAAGCCAGGUGUUAGCGGAUCAAGGAAACCUACAAUUUCCGCCGAACACAUCUUCGAUCAUUUCAUUUUCGUCUCAGAUGUAUCUAGCGUUUCAAUUGAUCACAGAUUCACCAAGCCGGCGGCUGGUGUUCGCCGUCGGCAGCCGUAAUAACCAGGCUCCUACUCAGUCGAGCUUCCGGUUGACUGCUCAUCGGAAUCAGAUCGCCGUCGGUUUCAAUUACGCCUCAGGUGAAGGUAGUCAAGUUAGUUAUCCAUAUUCCGAUUUGAAAAGAAUUCAUGGGAUUUUGAAUGCGGUUGGAUGGGGUGUAUUACUCCCUAUAGGUGUUAUGAUUGCUCGAUACUUGAGGCAUGUAGGUCGAUUAUGGCUUUAUGCACAUUCGAGCAUCCAAUUAUCAGGGUUUAUUAUUGGAUUAGCAGGCAUAAUUACAGGACUUAUUUUAAAUGGUCGUAUCGAUAUCAACGUUGCCAAACACAAAGCCAUUGGCAUAAUCAUUAUUACACUUGGUUGUUUACAGGUUAUUGCUAUUUUAAUAAGACCAAGUAAAGAUUCAAAGGUGAGGAAAUAUUGGAAUUGGUAUCACCAUAAUGUAGGACGACUUUUGAUAUUAUUUGCAAUAUUCAACGUUUUCUAUGGCAUCUAUUUGGCGCAUGCGGGAAGUGAAUGGAACGUUACUUACGGAGUAUUUCUUGGGAUUAUUGUCACUGUUGCCUUAAGUUUAGAGUUGAGGUUGUUAACGGAAGACUAAAAAAAAAACAUGUCUCUUAAGUCUUAAACUAACUACUUUAUUAAUAUAUAAUAAUUUGUUGCAUCACUCAUUUUAUUUUUCUCCUUUUCAUAUAGAUUUAUGUAGUUAUGUUUAGGUUAUGUAACAUGUAUUUGUUUGAUUAUGUCGAUUUGUAUAUAUGUUAAAAUAUUAUGGUUAUAUUAGCUUAGUUGGAUAUAGAGUGUGUUGAAUGGGUCACAAGAUUAGGCAAUGCAAAAUUGCACUCGAAAUGUUUAAAGACUACAUUUAUAUGGGUUACGAAAGAAACAAAGGCAUAACGAUUAAUAACCAGCGAAUUUUUUAGUAAGGAAUUUCUUGAAACAGUUGAAGCAUUUGUUUUCAUUUUAUCAAGCAAAAAAGUUACGUUGUAAGUUUUUUUUAUAGAAUCAAUUAUGUUGUGAAAUACAAGUUUAUCUUAAUUCGUG